GGAAGAGAGAGAGAGAGAGAGAGAGGGGAAGGGGCGGGGGACGGAGAGAAAGACAGGAGAGUGGGAGAGGAAAGGGAAGGAGCAGGAGAGAGAGGUUGAGAUAGAGGGGAAGGAAAAGCAAGAGACGGGAAGGCCAGGUAAAGGAAAAGCAGCUGUAGAAAUUUACAGAGAGAAUCACAGCGGGAGAUAGAGGGUAAAAUCAGUGUUGUGGUGUGAUUGAAGAAAAAGAGGCAUUAAGAGAGAAAAGGAGUGAGAAAGACAGAUAAAAGAAGGAAUGGGGAGCGAUAGAGAGAGGAUUAGAGGCAACAGGGAAGAAUAAAUGAUUGACUUGGGUAGUUAAGGACACAGUGAAAUAAAGGGAGAUUAUUUGGGAAAGAGUGAUAGAGAUAGAGAGGGAUAAAGAAAAAACCAAUAGAGAGGGGGAUAGAGAGAAAGGAUAGACUGAAUAAGAGAGUAGAGGAAAGGAGUGUUAGAGGGCUAGAGGCAGACAGGACAUAGUGUGAGGUCUCUGAGAGAGAGUGAGAUAGGAAAAAGUGUGAGCUCUGACACCGAGACAUUUGCGGUCCGAACAGGAGAGAGUGUGUGGCGGGAAACCUGAGCCAGCAGCAUUAUGUCACUGACUGAAUCUGAGGAUCUGGAAGAAGAACAGGGGCUUUAUCUAGGGGAAUAUGAAGGUGAGCGGAAUGCAGAUAACGAGAGGCAUGGGCAAGGGAAAGCGGUGCUGCCCAACGGGGACACCUAUGAAGGAUCCUAUGAGCAUGGCAAAAGACAUGGCACGGGAACAUACAGAUUUAAGAACGGAGCACGUUAUGUGGGAGAAUACUUGCAGAACAAAAAGCAUGGACAGGGAAUCUUCUACUAUCCGGAUGGGUCUAAGUACGAAGGGAGUUGGGCAAAUGAUCAACGGCAUGGAGACGGAACUUACUACUAUCCAAACGGUGAUACAUACAGUGGAGAAUGGCUGGCUCACCAAAGGAACGGGCAGGGGACCUACGUCUAUGCCCUGACAGGAUCGAAAUACGUGGGAAACUGGGUUCAUGGAAAACAAGUGGAGGCUGGAGAGCUCAUUCACCUGAAUCACCGAUACCAGGGCAACUUUCUCAAUAACAAUCCUAUCGGCCGAGGAAAAUACAUCUUUAACUUUGGAUGUGAGCAGCACGGUGAAUACCUUCAGACAGAACAGGUUUCUCACAUGACCAAUAGGAAGAGUUCUGAAAAGGCAGCGUCCGGUUCAGCCACUCCAAGCCCGCUCACCACAGAGCCUUCGCUUCUGAGCGAGGAUAAGACUGAAGAAGAAACAGAGGAGGAAGACUUGGUGGCUGCGAUUGUUCUGAAGUGGAAGGCAGAGAAGAUCUCAGGAUUGUCUUUGUAUUCACCAACAUUUGAGUCUGAACUCAGUAAAGAAGCCGAAGAGAAAGCUGCUGAACAGGCAAGGGCAGCUGCAACAGAUGAACCUGACUCGGAGACCCCUGCGACAGAGGCUGGUGAGAAGGAGGCCCCUGCGACAGAAGCUGCCGAGGCCACUGCCCCUACGGCGGACACUGAUGGGGUGGAAGCACCUCCCACAGAUGCUCUGGGGACAGAGGCUCCAGCAGCCUAUCCUUCUGAGGCAGAUGACGCUGAGGAGAAGGCCAAAGAUGCAGAAGACGCAGACAGGCCUAAGGUACUUCCUGAGGAUACGGCUGCAGUAUUUGAGGGAGGUGCUGAGGCAACUGCCGAAGCCAUGGCUGAGAAAGACUGAAGGGAGACUGUGCUGAUGAAACCGAAUACUGUACAAGGUUUUAUGGAGGGGAAGACCAGGCCAGGAAAUUCAUCCAUGCAUUGACUAGAAAUACCAAACAAUAUAUAGAAACACGUGCCCUAUAAACUUUACUGAUUGUCACUGCAAGGUGAUUUAUCAAGUGCCGUAGUGUGAAUCAAUACUCUGUCCAAAAUAAUUUCUUCAAAAAUAAAUGUUGUUUGUAAAAGUUUAGAAAUUUUUCAUGUAUACGGCAAAGAAUUCCCACCUGUGUAAAUACUACCUAACAAUACAAGCUGGAGUUGGUUGUCGCAGGAGCCCAUUGGCACUUGAAUCAACCAUAUAUAC